GACACAUGAUUGGUUGUCAGCUCGCACACAUACGGAUGUCAAUAGUAGAAAGAGUAGAAAACCUACUCUUUAUCUAUCUGGGAAACAAAAAUACUAUAAAAACGGAAUCAACAAAAAAAGCAAAAAAGCAGCUUUGUAGAUAAGAAAUGAGCGGCCCAAAUCUAAAUCUAAGUGAAUACUUCCAAAAUGAUGCUCCGAGUAUGUUUGAUGAAAUAGUUUCAAAUACGGUAUCAACAACUAACACAGAAACAACGAUCGUCACUCCAUCGAACACUGAUAGUUCAAUGACUGCCUCAAAUAUAGAAACAAAUCUUCAAACCGACUUCCAAGCGUUAUCGGUGCAAACAUCGCCAGAGGAUGAUGUGGAAGACAGUGUUCGUGAUAAUUGGAAAGUCGUACAAACCGAUUCAAAUAUUCCACCAAUGCUCACAAUGCCCGGUCUACAAAGUGCAAACGAAUUGGAUGAUCCGGUGAAAGCAGCUAUAAUCUAUUUACUUGGUGAAACGGAAGCAAAUGAGCGUCAAUCGUUGACGAUAUCGGAUGUGAGUGAAGAUGUAAGCGGUAUAAAAAAACUAAUUGCAGCUGGUUCGAUUCGAGCUGCGGCAAAUUUGACAUUUCGUUGUCUAACAACGUACGGACAAGGUUUUGGACGUGCUGGUCAACCAACGAGACAUACUCCACAUUCAUUGCAGCUAUGGUUUACUCGACUUUCAUUGCUCAUCAAACUCGGUGAAUAUGAUUUAUGUAAACGAGAAUCUGAAGCAUUUGGUCUAUUGGAACGACCCGAUAUGUACUAUGAGUUUUAUCCAGAUACCUAUAAUAAUCGCAAAGGAUCGAUGGCUUCAUUUGCAUUCCGUUUGCUAAUCGCAAAAUUACCUUCUUAUUUGGGAUCACACAAAGUCGCAUUAGAUCGACUCACCGAUAUGCUUCUUGUGGCAACCAAAACUAAAGAAACAUAUGCGACCGAAUCAAAUGGAAAAGCCGAAACAUUUUGGUUAAAACGUGAACAAACUAUUCUGCACGAACUUAUAAACUGUGCUCUUGCGACAAAAGAUUUCAGUUUGGCUGAUUAUCUCAUGGAACGUUUAACAACAAUGAAAGGAAUCGAUGCAGAUGGAAUGCGCUCACUGUACUCGUCAUGGGGUCGAAUUUAUUUGCAAUGUGGUGAUGUAUUUGGUGCUGAACGAAAAUUUUCCGAAGCCAGACGUAUUCGCGUGACAAACACAACGGAAUCGGAAACGCGAGACUUUAUCGAUCGUGGUUUAAUAGCGGUUGCCCAAAAUGAUUUCAAAGAGGCAUAUGCGUUCUUCCAAAAAUCAUUAGCUAUCGAACCAACAAAUGCGCUCGUCCUAAAUAAUAUGGCUGUAUGUUUAUUGUAUUUGGGUAAACAAAAGGAUGCGAUUAGCCUAUUUGAGCGCGCAAUAACAGCCAUCGAGCAAAAAGACCUUAGCGAAAGCCUUAUCUUAAAUUUAUGUACGUUAUAUGAGUUAGAAUCAAGUAAUGAUGUUAGCAAAAAAUUGGCAUUGUUAAAACAGAUAAAUCGACGAAAGUCCGAACUUAAUAUCAAUAUUGAAUAUUGUUUAAAAUUACCAACGGGAAACAAAUAAAUCUAUUUUAUUUUUAAAACAUGAGGGAAAAGAAAAUACACAGCAAUAAAUCGAUGA